AAUUGGCGGACUGUCCUGUCAGUCAACGAAAAGGGUCCGCCCCUCCCUGUUAGCAUUUGAAAGCCAAACCCCGGAGAGGUGAACGGACACGACGCGACACAGCCGAGCUCUUGGGGCGCAAACAGCAGCAGCGAACAUGCCGAAAACCGCCCACGACAAGACCCAGCUAGUGCUGGAAAACUACAUCGGGGGGAAGUUUGUGCCCUGCAGUAGACACAUCGAUUCGUACGACCCCUCCACCGGUGAAGUGUACUGCAUGGUGCCCGACAGCGAGGGGGCGGAGGUUGAAGCAGCUGUGCAGGCAGCCAAAGCCGCAUUCCCUGUCUGGUCCUCCAAGAGCCCACAGGAGAGGUCCAAGGUACUGAACAAGAUCGCCGACCUCAUCGAUGCUCACCUAGAAGAGCUGGCUCAGGCUGAAUCAAAAGAUCAAGGGAAGACGAUCAGUCAGGCAGAGACUCUGGAGAUUCCCCGUUCCUCUUACAAUUUCCGUUUCUUUGCCUCCUCCAUUCUUCACCAUGUGACCGAGUGCUCUGAUAUGGACCACAUGGGCUGCCUUCAUUACACCCUCCGGACUCCAGUGGGUGUGGCUGGUCUCAUCAGUCCAUGGAAUCUGCCUUUGUAUUUGCUGACAUGGAAGAUCGCCCCUGCCAUUGCGAUGGGGAACACGGUGGUUGCCAAGCCUAGUGAGAUGACUUCAGUCAGCGCGUGGAUGAUGUGCAAGCUACUGGAUGAAGCAGGGGUCCCUCCUGGUGUGGUGAACAUUGUUUUUGGCACAGGACCUAAAGCUGGACAGGCACUUGUGUCUCACCCCGAUGUUCCUCUGAUUUCCUUCACUGGCAGCACAAUGACUGCUCAACACAUUACUAAAUGCAGCGCCCCCUACUGCAAAAAGCUGUCUUUGGAGCUGGGAGGCAAGAACCCUGCCAUCAUAUUUGACGAUGCUAAUCUAGAGGAAUGUAUUCCUACCACUGUGCGCUCGAGCUUCUCUAACCAGGGAGAGAUCUGUUUAUGCACCAGUAGAAUUUUUGUACAGAAGGGAGUCUACAGUGAGUUCCUGCAAAGGUUUGUAGAAGCUGCCCAGAAGUGGAAGGUGGGAGUACCCAGUGACCCCACAGCACAGAUCGGUGCUCUGAUCAGCAAAGAACACUUGGAGAAGGUCCAGGGUUAUGUAAAGCUGGCCAAAGCAGACGGUGGAAAAGUGUUGUGUGGUUAUGGCGUGGAUUCCAUUCAAGUGCCAGACAAAAACAAAAACGGCUACUUCAUGCUGCCCACUGUGAUCACAGAGGUGACGGAUUCAUCACGGUGUAUGCAAGAAGAGAUCUUCGGUCCGGUCACCUGUAUACUUCCGUUUGACAGUGAGGAGGAGGUCAUCCAGAGAGCUAAUAACGUCAAGUAUGGACUGGCUGCCACCGUGUGGUCAAGCAAUGUGGGCAGAGUUCACCGGGUGGCCAAGAAGCUUCAGGCGGGGCUCAUCUGGACCAACUGCUGGCUCAUUCGGGAUCUUAACCUGCCGUUUGGGGGAAUGAAAUGCUCUGGAGUGGGCCGGGAGGGGGCAAAAGACUCGUUUGAGUUUUUUACAGAGGUCAAAACAAUCACGAUCAAGCACUGACCAGGGUGUGUGUUGUCCAGCGCUAAUCUCUUACUGCAUUCAGGCCUUAACAUUUUCUUAAUAAAUUCACUUUCAGAGAGAA